UAACCAAGGCAACCGAAUAUACAGUUUUGUCAAUUUCUUCGCGGGGCUGUUCCAUCGAAUUUUGAAGCGUGUUUAUUUUUGAAAUUAUUUUGUUCAUCUUUUGUAAAAAUGUGUGAAGAACAGUUUGGGGUCCGUCAUGUGAUUGGAGCUCCCAUAGCGACCACUAGAUUGUCCGAACAGGCCAUAGUAUGCAUGCCUCCACGGACAGCGAAGUUCACGCUCGCGGAGUGGAAGCUGAGCAACCAGCAACGAUGCAGGAAUACUGAAGACCAGCAGCAGCUGGCUGACAGGGUCCUCGGGGAGUCUGCAAGAGUUAGGGAAGAAACUGGUGAGCGCGCAGAAAUCCUCAAAGCUACCUCUGACAGACGUAUCGAAGAACGCAUCGGUGACGUCGAGUUCAAUAGAAAUGAGCUUCAAAUACAAAGAAAAGAAAUUUGUUUGGAACUCGAAGCUCUGAGCAUGUAUAAAACUCGACUGUUGGACUGCUUGGGCUCUCUUCAGGUUAACGCCUUGGCAAUAUGCCGCAAGUGCCUCAUGCUAAGAGACGGACGCAUUGGCAUUGAUUUAGUAGUCGACGAGGUGGAAAGCGCUCUGCAGCAGGAGAUCACCACCAUUCUUGGCGGACAAAGCCUCCUGAGGCGAGUGCUGGAACAGUUGAACGAACAGAUGCGACGUCUUCGCUCUACGAGAUACCUUCUCGACAGAGAUCUGCAGUACAAGCAGUCUGCUAUUGACCUUGACAAAGCUAAUCUCUCUCUAAAACCUACUGACCUGUGUCUCUCCGUGUACGAAGGCUAUGCUAGUCUCGACCCGGCAAACAUAUCUGCCGACGAGUACAACGCUUAUUCAGCGAAAAAUAUUCAGCUGGCAGCAAGGGAAGUUACUAGUGCACGCCCCAUCCGCAUGUUCGUCGACACAAUUCUCAAACAAGUUAUUGACGACCUGUGGAACGCUUACAAGAAGUGUAACCAUGCAUUCAACGAACGAAUUGAAGACACGAAGAGAGCUAAAGCGAAGCUUGAGGACAUGCAUCGUGAUACCACUCAGAAGAUUUCUGAUAUGCAAGACAAUAUACUGCAGCUGCAAAAAGCUUUGUCUGAUAAGGAAGGGAAUACAGCUUUAGCACAUACAAGGCUUGGCAAGCGUGCUCAGAGAGUAGGGGCUGAGUUGGUGAGGGACCCACCAGGGCAGGCUUUGUACUACGAGUGUGAGAUGCUACGGCUGAGCACGGAGCAGCUACAACAGAUGCUACACGAGGCUACGGCGUCCUUGCGCUACUUGCUACAAACUCAGAUCCAAUUGGAGGAAGAUAUCAACGUGAAGAUGAAUACUUUGAAGAUUGAUGAAGUGGACUGCAUGACUCUGAGAGAAACUAUGGACUACCACGCGUAUUAACGACACUGGGCUAUGUAUUCUUCCAGUGAUCUCGUAUAUUUUCUUGUUUAGGACUUUUGCCAAAUUUUGUUCUCUCUUAAACUCGUAGCUACUUGCUAAAGUGUUUUCUGUGUAUGCUAUUUAAUACAACUAGGGUUGUCACAUGACGUAGUAUAUAAAUAUUUUAGACUACUAUUCUGUGCUAUUGUUCUUUAGUAUAGAAUGGGAUAAUUUUCAAAAUGCUUGGUAAGGCGUUUUUUUUGUAUUUGUUAUUUCUGUAGAUGUUUCCAGUUGUGUUUGCUAUAAAAUAAAUUGAUUGUGCACAUUUGGUCAUGGUCAC